AUGCAACAGAACUUGAGGUUUACAGUGGUGCUUGAAUCAAAUCAUCAGUUUCCGGAAGAGUCUUGUGAGGUUGUCGUUUGGCACAAUAUUUGCAGUGAUGCCUGGACAGGACUUGAAUUAAAGAGUUCUCCUGACUCUCAGUUCACUGUGAUUAGUGAGAACACUUCAAAUGAAUGCUUCCGGAAAGCAUUCGUUGCCGAAAUACCGCUUCCUAAAGAGGGGAAGCAUGCGGAGUUUACUAUCAAAUACAAACCAAGGGCAGACUGCGCAUGGCAAUGGGCUAAUGAAAUGUUGAAAUCUAAGAAUGGAGAGAUUAUUAUCGAACCACCGAACCCUUUACCGAAUGACAAUACACACUCUCUGCAAAACUACUUGCAUUCAAUAAACAACAAUAUUGACGUUAAACCUGGGCGAAGUGACGUCGCAGGUGCUUUGCUUUGGAAUAUCAGCUGCCAGGUUGAGCCGGCCGUCAACGGAGAGAGCAAGACUUCCAAAAUCUUGUUUGGUACCCCGAAAAACUAUGUUCGAACCUUUUCUCUUGUUCGAGCUUCGGCAUCUUGGCUAGCACCACGGCACGGGACGACAAGCUAUAACUUGAACGAAGACGCUUUAGUCUCAUCCUUCGUAUACAGAGAUGGUAUCGUGUUGGUCGUGGUCUCUGUGAGCGGCAUUGACAAUGUUUUGACCGUCUUCCAAUCUGGUAAGGAAGGUGAACUCAUCAUAAGUUCAAGAAAUGACAACAACCGCGCAGCGAAGAGUGAGGCUGUGGCUGCAAUUGCUAGUUCAUUUGAGAUAGCCAUGGCUGCGGCAAUAUAUGAAGCUCGAAAGAAAUCGCAAAACUAUUCAGUGGCUUCACAGCGUAUAUACCAAGCAGCUAAUGACCAAGAGCUGGCUCAAACAGUGGUAGACAAUGGGCUAACACCCAAAUGGCAACCGGAGUGGUAUGAUGGAUUGUCAUACUGCACGUGGAAUGCACUUGGUCAGAAUUUGACUGAACAAAGUAUUUUAAACACUCUUCAAUCCCUUAAGGAAAAUGGGAUCCAAAUUUCCAGCCUUAUUAUUGAUGACGGCUGGCAGUCUCUGGAUAAUGAGGGCCAAUCGCAGUUUGAGCGGGGUAUAACACGUUUUGAAGCAAACCAGUGUGGAUUUCCGCAUGGCCUACAGCAAACAAUUGCUAAGAUCCGUCAAGAAAACGAGGGGAUCAAGCAUGUUUCUGUAUGGCACGCUCUGUUGGGUUAUUGGGGCGGCAUUUCGCCUGCUGGUGAAAUAGCAUCCAAGUAUAACACAAUAGAGGUCGAAAGAACAGGGGAAUUCGCCUCCAGCAAAAUUAGAAUCGUCGAUCCCGAUGAUAUACCUUCGUUUUAUGAUGACUUUUAUACCUUCUUAUCGUCAGCAGGUGUAGAUUCAGUGAAGACUGACGUCCAAUCUGCCUUGGAUAGCCUUGAAGGCGCGAGCAUUCGGCGGCGUUGUAUAACAACGUACCAGGAUUCUUGGUCCAGAACCUUGUCGCGGCAUUUUCAAGCAAGAUCCAUAUCCUGCAUGUCCCAGACACCUCAAAUCAUAUUCCACUCCCUCUUACCCACCAACAAACCUCGACUCAUACUGAGAAACUCAGACGACUUUUUCCCAGAUAUAGAAUCUUCUCACACAUGGCAUAUUUUUUGCAAUGCCCACAACAGUUUGCUGACAAGAUAUCUCAACGUAAUUCCAGAUUGGGAUAUGUUCCAAACGUCCCAUUCCUAUGCAUCGUUCCAUGCAGCUGCCAGAUGUGUGUCAGGUGGCGUCGUUUAUAUAACAGAUGAUCCUGGAAAACACAACCUGGCUAUUAUUAACCAGAUGACUGCCCAAACAACGAGAGGUGACACAGUGACCCUACGCCCCAGCGUUGCGGGGUACAGCAGAGAUGUGUAUAAUAGCUAUGACGAUGGACAUCUGUUGAGAAUUGGGUCAUUUACCGGCUGGGCGAGAACUGGCAGUGGAUUCUUAGGUAUAUUCAAUAUUGCGUCAGAAGAUACCUCCGCUCUCAUCCCUGUGUCCGAUUUUCCUGGGGUCUUAUCGGGUAAUGAUAACGAAUAUAUUAUUCGCAGCCACAAGUCGGGGAACGUCACAAAACCAAUGUAUCAAGCUGAUACCCACGCAAUGGUGCUUGUGACACUGAGGCCAAGAGAUUAUGAUAUUCUCACCGUGUAUCCUGUUUAUGCAUUUGAUGUGCCCAAAAAGUCGAAGUCCUGUGCCGCAGGAACAAAAUCGCGACUUAAGGUUGCUGUGCUGGGGCUGCUCGAUAAAAUGACGGGAGCCGCAGCUAUAAUCGGAUCAGAUAUAUCAAUGGUCCCGGGAAAUGACCUUCGGUUUAAUGUUACGCUAAAGGCACUUGGAAGAUUGGGCCUAUGGAUUUCUGACUUGGCAGAAAGGAGUAUCACGGACAACUUCAUGGUAUUGAUCCAUGGGCUACCAGUGCCGGUUGAAACAGUGCAGCGAGGGAUUGAUAGCGAAAGCUGUAUUCUGUCAAUUGAUGUUCUAACUGCUUGGAAGAAAAUGGGUUUGGAUUCCGGACGGAGUAAUGAAGUGGUUGUUCAGGUACUGAUGAUGUAG